ACGCGAAAUCGAUUCGGGAAUUGCCACCCCGACCCGAAAUGCACGGCUUCGCGCCGCCCGAUUAAUGGAAAUCGAAUAUAAUUACAGGAACCUUUUGCUGCCGGUUGGCGGCGAAUUUGUAGCCUACAGGCAGCGUGCUUUGUACAUUUUUACGAUUUAUCGGGCCGACGGUUUGCCGGACAUGAGCAGUUUCUGUAUGAAAAGUGAUUACGAGAAUAUCAACCCGUUCGUGCAGAUAUCGUUCGCUGGGAUGAAGGUUAAUCGGAUAUUAAAUCACACGUUAUAUUUAUACUUUCCCUUUUCGAGUAAACGCUAUAAUUAUCCCGUGAUUGUUGUUUUCCAGCAAACGACGAGGGAGGAGUGGCAAACUUACAGACCACACUUCAAUCAAAAGAUCAUAUUCAACGAAAUGUUUCCGUCUCUUUGUCAACGUGUCAGGAUAGCCAUUAAACAUCGCGUUAACACGUGUCGAACGUGCGUAGUCGCCUCUUACAUCCUGAAUCUGGCAAAAAUUUUCCAUUCUGGAAAGUACGGUAAAUUCGAAUGAUGA